UCCCAUCCCCAGAGCCUGGGGUCAUAAGGCUCACUUGCCUGAUCUCUCAGGAGCCAGGACAGAACACCACAAUGAGCUCUAGGCUCCCAGUAUUGAGAGCCCUCCUUUUCCUCUUGGGUGUGGGAGGAACUCAAGUGCUGGCAACGGACAAGUCUGCUGGGACUGAGAUUGAUUUCAAAUAUGCCAUCAUUGGUACGGCCUUGGGAGUAGCCAUAUCUGCAGGUUUCCUUGCCCUGAAGAUCUGCAUGAUCCGGAGACAUUUGUCUGAUAAUGACUCUUCAGACCUGAAGAACACACCUCAGGACACCAUCUUGCAGAAGAAGAGAAGCCCCAGGUAA